AUGAUCCGGGAGGGCUUCAGGGAUUUUGUAAACAGAACACUCACUUUGCAAUGCGAUUCUCGUAUUGAGAAAUUCUCUCUAAAAUGUCACAUUCACGAGGACAGGGAGAUGGCUUAUGUGGCCCCCUGGAUACGUAAUGCCGUCGAGCAUGGUAUAACAGAGAUGGACAUUAGUAUAAAGCCUCACUUUGAGCCUGGGGAACUGCUCGCAAAUAUAAAGACACACCGUGAAGUCUCUCUGUCUCGUGAGUUCUUCACAAGCAAGACGCUGGUUAAGCUGACACUGGGAACAAGAUUUACUCUUGAAAAGCUUCCUCCAGAUGUGUCUCUUCUAGCGCUUAAGAGUCUCUUCAUCGAUUCGAUCCAUUUUCAAUAUGAAGAUCUGUGUUAUGUGCUUCUUCCUGGCUAUCCAGUGCUCGAGGAUUUAGUUGUACGUCACAAGGACUAUGAAGCACUUCCAUGCCGCAUAUCGAGUCAGACCAUCAAGAGAAUAUCAGUUCACUACGAUUGUGAGUUUGAAAUUGGUAGCAUCAGUAGUAUGGCAUUUGACGUCCCAAGUCUUGUGUCCCUCGACUACUCCGAUUGUGCCUUGCCUGAGUACAUAACAGUUAACUUGGAGUCCCUAGUCGAAGCUAGGCUGGAUCUUCGUUGUACUAAAAAUGUCUGGAUUCCGGAUGUGUGGGGUCUCUUUUAUGGGAUACGCAACGUAGAGACCCUGCAUCUUACUCCCAAUUCUGUUGAUGUGAUUUCUCAAUGUCUUAGAGAUGGAAUACCUCUACCGGUGUUUAACAAUCUGGUUAAUUUAUCUUGUGGGAGUAAGAAUAAACGAAGUUGGAAACUGCUACCAUAUCUGCUUGAGCAGUGUCCAAAGCUUCAAACUCUAAUCAUCCAGAAUCUGAUUGGUUACACAGGUGAUUUCUACAUUCCUAUGCACCAAGUGAAGUUCAACAAUCUGGAGAUGGAUGGUUACACAACCGAUGUCGACAUUCCUCUGAACCAAGUGAAGGUGUUGCAUAUACUUUGCUAUCGAGGAACUGCUCAGGAAUUGAAACGGUUAAAGAGUUUACUUAGGGGAAGAAACUGCGUCGAACUCGUUCGAGUGGAGAUUGCGCAAGGUGUUGGGGUGGAUGAUGGCAAGAUAUUGCAAACUCUUGGAGUUUCUGUUUCAUCCAAGUGCAAGACCGAAGUCGAAAUUUUCUAA